CUGGCAGAGAGACAGCAGCAGAGGGGAAACUAUAGAGAAAAAUGGCUUCACACUCUGUGAGCAGCCACAGCUUUUCACAAUGAUUGCUACUGUUAACACAGGGACAGAUCUGCAGUACACAGAUAACAAGAGCUGAAAAGGGAUUAAGAAAACUCAAACUGAUCCAAGAUUGAAGAACAGCGGAGUGGAGCUGGACAAACAGAAGCCCACAGAGGUGGAGGAUAACAUGAACUAAAGAGACAACCUGACAAAACCAAAACAUUUUCAAUCCCUAAAAAAAAACAAAAAAAAAACGGACACACAGGAAGGAGACUGUGACAGCUUUCUUCAGUUUUUUUUUCAAACAGCAUAAAUGACUUUUUGAAGACAAAACUUGAAGAAGCCAAAACUCUGGAAGAAGAUAAGGACGAACCCUGGAGUAUAGAAGUAAUAUUCUGCUCAGCAGCAAAGAUGCCAAAGUCCUCCACCCAUCUUGGUCAACCUGGAUCAGCAGGUUCUAGAAGUCCCAGCUUAAGAAAAGAACAGCAGUUCAAUCGCUCGUGCAUGCUGCGGAUUGGAGAGAGGCUGAUGAGGGCAGGCAGUGAGAGCAACCUGGUCCAGAGACCCACUCCAGUGCAAAGUCAAAACCAGACUUCCUCAUCUGGAUUAGGGCAAAGGUCAAAUGGCAGGACACAAACUUCAGCCCAUGAGGACAAGCUCAAUCCAAGUAUCUCCCCUUCGAGAGCCUCUUCUGCCUCUGCUGUGGGGGACAACAGCAUAGACUGUCUGCUACAGAAGAAAGAACACACCUCCAGAAGCCUGUUGUCUAACCCUGACUUCUCCUACAGUCCAUAUCGAUGCUCUCCCAAUACCUUACCUCGAAGCUACCCCACCAAUAACAGCAGCAGCAGACACAGCCAGAUGGACAGCCUCAUAAUGCAGCACACACAUGUGGAGAGGAAGAAAGAGGUCCUGGACCAUGUGAGGCAAAAAUAUCCUCAACAUAAAACCAUUAUCAUAGGACAUCAGGACUGCACAAACGUAAGGAGUCCCUGGUUUGUUGACAGUCCCCAAGGUGCUGGUGUCCCACACUUGGUGAAAGAGCAGAACAGGCUGGUUUCAAGUAGCAUGUCUGGUGGAGAGAUGAUACCCCUAUCUGCUGCCUUUACAAGGGGCUCUAAGGCUAGAGCAAGUCUACCUGUAGGCCGAUCAAGUGGUCAGACAAGAAGUUGGCCGUUAGGUGUGCUGUUCCUGCAGUAUGGGGAGGAAACAAAGCAAGUCUGGGUGCCCACAGAAAUCAGCAAUCAGGAUGCUCUUCGGGCUUUGUUUGUUACCGCUUUCCCUCAACAGCUCACCAUGAAGAUGCUGCAGUCUCCAAACAUGGCCAUCUACAUCAAAGAUACCACCCGCAAUGUUUACUAUGACCUGGAGGAUAUUAGACACAUCACCCCCAACUCCUUCUUGAAGGCGUAUCAUAAAGACCCUGAACAUGUGUUCAAACAUCAUGCCAAGUCUGCCACUGUAGGAGGAAAGAUCCCCAGAGAAGUGUUGUAUGGCAGUCACAGUCCAGUCCACACCUUGUCAUCAUCCAGUCGUGGCACCCUCCAAAGCCUGCAAGGUUCCAUGUCUCCACCCAUGGCCCGGUCUAUGCCCUCCUCCCCUUCCAGGGUGGCAUAUGGUGGAGGGGGCAGUGGGGGAGUGCGGGACCCCAGCACUACAUCAGCACAGACACUUCGCCUUUCGGGAGCAGGACGAUCCAGUGCCAUAUGCACCAGCAGUGCCAUCCUGGAGAGGAGAGAUGUCAAGCCUGAUGAGAACGUUGACAGCAGUAAGGUCAUGGCCUUGGUGGUGCGUGGUGAAGGAGGACCACAUCCAGACUCCUACUGCGCUUCUCUGCAGGAUGGAAUAGCUCGCCGCAGCAUCUCCUCCCAGUGCAGUGCCCCUCCAUCUCUCGCAACAGAUGUGGUGAAUGUUGGAGUCCUAGGACUCCCAGCAGGGCUGCAGCAGUACCGAGCCUGCAUUAAACCCCUGAUGGGCUAUGGAGAGAGCCAAUAUAAUCUAGAGGACGGGACCCAUUCCCUCCACAGGCGGAAGAGUAGGAAGUAUGCUGACGGUCAGCUUCCCCCAAUGGGAACCAAAAUCCCACCUAGUUCCCCUCACAGACUGAGUGAAGUCAGGAUGUUUGAUGGUGGACAAAUCAUCGGAGGUGUGGGCCUAGUGUCUCCUGAGAAGAAGUCACUGAUUCGCCAGUCCCUGGGGCAGGACAAUAACAGUGCUACACUAGAGAUUAUAAGCAGAAGCAGAGGAAGUGGAUCCUCAUCCUCCACCUCAUCUGUUUUUGCUGACAGUCCUCUGGGACAAACUGAGAGACUGUUUCAGGGCCAUAUGAAUGCCAGCAAUGCCCAAAGUGAGAGAAUCAAAGCCAUGGAGGAGCAGAUAGCCAGUCUAGCAGGGCUAGUGCACCACGCUUUGUCCAUAGGACCCGGAGACAAGGGUGCUGUCAGUGAGAGUCCAGAAUGCAACCUUAUAAACAACAGACUUGGAGUAUCAUCUGAGCCCCAGAAUCCUGCUGCUCUGACUGACAGCUUUACCUCCAUCCAUCCAGCUGCUCGGGCCCCUGCUUCUGACAGCAGAGUGCAACAGCGUUUAGUGUCAGCCAAGAGGAAUGUGUGUGAGCUGCGACUCCAGUUGAACCAGCUCAGACAGUUACAGCUAUCAAACCAAGAGACUGUGAGUUCUACACUGCAGAUGGCAGGCCACGAGCUAGUGGUGUUGAUGUGUGAUCGGCUGGCUCGAUUUGAGGAGGCAGCAUUCAGACAGAGAGCUGAAUUGGAAGAGGAGAGGAGCCUCUACCUCGCUGAAGAGGAGAAAAUACUCACACAGCUUAGUGAACUGGAGGACUAUGUGGACCAUUUGCAAAGAAGCUCCAUUACCGGUUCAAGCCAGCUGAGUGUAACUCUGAGAGAUGUAGAGGAAGGAGCGAUGAGCCUACGGGGGGUCGGGGAAACUCUGGCCAUUCUCAAAGGUGAGUUUCCAGAGCUGCAGAUGAAGAUGCGCUUGGUGUUGAGGCAGGAGGUAGAGGCAAUGCGUUUCCUGAAGGAGGCGCCUCUUAAGAUGGACUCCAUGUUAAAGAGGGUCAAAGCCCUGACUGACACCCUCAGCUCUCUCCGCAGGUGUGUGUCAGAGUUGGUCCCAUCACCCAGAUCAGCCCAGUUAGAGCCGGUAGAAGCUGUUGAACUGGGCAACGGACCAGCAAAGACCCAGAGUCUUCAGAACUCCCCAAAACCCCAACCUCGGUCCUCAGUCAGGCUGCCUCAGCUCACUCCUUCUCUCUCUGGGAGCCAGGCUGAGACCAGGUUGGUGGGCUUGCCGUCUCUGAUUGUGGCCCACGGAACGAAGAGCACACCACCUUCUGUGGUCCAGACCUCCCAACAUUCCCCCGGUCUCCCUCUGAAACCCAUCCCCGGACGGCACUCACCCACUGUGGCUAAGGUGCAUCCUCGCAGCAGAGAGGGCAGUCCCGCCCUGCAGAGGAGAGCAGGUCUUCAGGAGUCUGACGAACUGGACCAACUUGCACCAACACCAGCAGAACACACCCACAGUGAGCGGACCAUGACAACAGAGAAACAAACUCAAGGGGGCGGCCUCAGUGGAAAAGCCAGCUGUAUGAGUCAGUCCAGUCCCAGCCGAGUGAAACAGCCAGCCGACUUCAAUUCUAGCCACACUCAACCUCCCAGCACCAGUAUCAGCUUUAACCAGGUCCUACAAGAGGUCCAGGCCAGCGUAAUGGAGUCUGUCCCUAGUUUGGAUGUAUCAGAAUUCAGAGUGAACAAUUCUGCCUCACAACAUACAGCUCGACUUGCAUCGAAAUCAGAACAGAACACACCUCUGAACCUGACACUGCAAGGGGCGGUUCAGGCACUCGUGUUUGCCACCCAGCAAGACACACCUUCCAAACAAAGUGAUCAAGGGGACUCCACUGAUUUAAAAACCCCAAACACAGCUCCAGCAGCAGUGUCACAGCUUCCUGCAGCCGCUGUGGACCUUCAGUCAUCGGUUGGUCUUUCAGCUACCUCAUCAGCUUCUCCUGGUGCCAAGUGCAGCAGCCGGCCACAGGUGGAAAAACCACGCCGCUCCAGCUUAGACAAGGAGAUGAAGCGCAGUCCAGACAGGGCAGGCAAGAGCCCUCCUCCUCCUCCUCCACGGAGAAUUCAUGCUGUCACUUCAGGUCUCACAACAGGAAGGUCAGGAGAGGUGGUCUUUGUAACUAGGAAAGAGCCUGUUGGAGCCCAGUCUGCACAGGAUGAAGAUGAUAAAGGAAAAGAGCUACCUCUAGUUCCUCAGCUCAAACCUCCACAACAGCCACCAGAGGUCAAACACAAAUCCCAGAUGUGCACUGCUGCACAUCUGGCUAUAUCCACCUCUGCCCCUACUGCAGUGUCAGCACAAAGACAAGAGGAGGAGGAAGAGGAGAAAGUCUUGAAAGAACUGCAGGUGACAGAACUGACAAAUAAGAAUCACUCAUCAGUUGGAAAUAAACAAAAUGCAAAAAAGGAGAGGACGUCUCUAAACUCACAAGUAGCUAAUGAGUUAGCAACAUGUGACCAACAGUCAGACCCUCAGCUGUGCUUUACAAAUGACUACCCUGUCAUAGCAGCAGCUGGACUAAAAGCAAACAGAGAAGGUGGGGAAAACAGUCUCACUGAGAACAAAGUGGAGACGGUAAUUGAACAAGUGCCUUCUUGUCCAACAGUAAAGGAUGUGGAGAUAUUUCCACUGGGAACUUUAAAAGAUGUUAAACGUUUCCAGACUGAUGAGGAGGAGCCAACAUCAAGUCAGGACAAAGAUAUAAAACUAGAUGAACUUAGAGUAGGAAGAGUUUCACAGAAAGAAAAUGUCAGAACUCCUAAUCAAGUGAAAGAGUUUGUUGGACAGGUAUCGUCGCCAGCCACAAAAGAAAAGAAGGUCAAGGUUACAACAGUUGUUACUCUACAGAAAGAAAACAUUCAAGGAUGUGCCAAAAGUCCCAAAGACAUGAAUGAAACCGCCAAAGAAGCGUCAGAGAAGAAGUCCAAUGUGAUGGUGGUUCUAACUUUAGAAUCCAGUGAAAACGAGAGGACAUCAGGUCCACCAGUCCAGCAGAAUGUGUCACUGAGGCCUGACCAGGAGUGUGUAACUUCAACCUCCGUUACAAAACCUUCCCCAUCGUCACCCAUCUUAGAUUGUAGUAGCAAGCAGGGGAACCGGGAACAAACAGUGCUAGUAUCUGGUAACCAGCUGCAAUACACAGAAGACGGAGGUAGCCUGAGCUGUGAUGAGGCUGGUGAGGGACCGCCCCCUCCACCGCCUCAGAUUUGUAAAUAUAGCCGUAUAAUCUCCAAGACCAGAGUCAGACCACAGUCCAAAGAGGAAACCUCAGCCAAAAUGAAUGGCUCUCAAAUACAAACAGUAUCUGGGGACACCGCUGGUGAGCCCACCUAUGUAGGACAUGAGAACCACGGUUUUGAGGACGGUAAUGAUCAGUUUGACAGAAAACCUAUUAUUGUUUUCUUGAACCAGCCCGUGGACUUUCAGUUGGCCUACAAGCGGCUGUCUACAAUCUUUGAAAGUGAGGAAGAUACUGGUGGGAUUUUUUCUCCAGAGAGCAUUUCAGAUGAGGAAAAGACAAACCAGGAGGAAGAGGAACAGGGUAUUAGAAAAAGUGGUAUCGCGAAUAUUAAUAUGGGAUCGCUCACGACAGGAGAUGGUCAGAAUCCUCCACAAAUACAGCCUGAAGGACCUUCAACAGAUAAAAGCUCCGCUCUUGAAAACCAGGGCCAGACUGAAUCACCUUCACUUAAAAAAACUGAGACAAAAAGGAAAUUCAAAUUCAAGUUCCCUAAAAAAAGACUGACAGCAUUUAGCCAGGCUAUCAAAACAGGAAACAGGGGCAAACAAAACAGGGAAGAAGUUGUUGUUGAUGAGGAGGAAGUAGCAGCAUGUGGCACAACAGUCAAGGAGACCAAGAGCCAGACAAAUAAAUCGCAGAUGUUUAAAAUUAAUAAAAUGGAACAAAUGAAGUUGGACGAAAGCAAUGCCUGCGACAGAGACAAUAUCUCCUCUUAUAUUAAUACCAGACAUUCAGAGUCACAUAACCGGGUAGAGGAGCUCUGCAAAAAUGCGUUCGACUCUAUAGACAGUCUCGAGAAGUCGAUUAAACAGUUGGAAAUCAGCGUGGAGAGUAUAACUGCCCCUGCUUCUUUAUGUGACUCAGCUGACAAAGCUCAGCUUAAAAGAAAAGUCAAACAAGAACGAGAGAGAAGUCCGUCCAAAAGGUCAGCGACUCAGAUCACUAAGGGUCCAAAUCCACCUGAGAGUAAGAGAGCCAAACCCCAGACUGCACGCGCCAGCGAAAGAAACGGCAUCAAGAAACAGACCUCCAGCAGCACCUCCAGCUCUUCUGCUCUGCGAUCUCAUGCCAAAUCUCACCGUGCCUCUGGAUCACCAGAAAAGACUCCUAAGGGCCAGCAGCAGUUCACCCAGAAACAGGCCAGCCAGCCACGCCUUGUCAGCACACCACCUUAACAUGAGUCCAGCCCACCGUGGGCUUCGCAGCAAUGGCAAGUGUCGGCAUCGCCUCAUCUUCACCUCCACCUCGGCUAAUAUUACUCCUCACCCUCCUCCUCUGUCUCGACUUCUUCCCCAUUUUCUUCUCCCCCCAUCACAGUGACUCAAGGGACAAAGAGUGUACCAACCCCAGCGUCCAACCCCAACUCUGCAGGAUGUAGCAAGAAACGCACAGGGAGCCAAGCUGUACGUGUGCAUGACGGGCACUGUCAUGGCUUCAAAGCAUACAGACAUAUCACUGUGUAUAAUGCAUGUGUGAUGGCAUUUAAUGGCAUCUGGAAACACAAAAUCCCUGAACAAUGUUACUAUGAGAGAAAAUGCCACACAAGACCACACAGGCCAAAAAAGUAACCGAGAAAAAAAAUGUGUCUAAAAAAUCCCAAAUGCAAAGAUAAAUAAAAGUGUCAUAAAGAUGCCCAGUUGCUUUCUUUCCAAGUGCUACAUGUAUGAUUUUAUCCAUGCACAUAAACAAGCAAAUUAUUCUCAACGUGUGUUUGUCCCCUAAUCACCGUUAUCAAAAUGUGAGAUGACAAGAAAUUAAGGUCCAGUGAAGACGGCAUUUCUUUAGCUCUUCAGUCCUUCACAGAGAGGUCCAGAUGUUAGAACAGUGUGUUAAAUUUAACAUUCUUCACCAGUCUUCAACCUGUAUGUCAAAAAUGUAACCAGUAAUGUUGAAUAAAAUUGUCUCCGUAUAUUAACUUUAAUCCAUAGAUAUUUCUUUUACACGAUCUCCAUGCAGAUGUUUUCAUGAGCUCAAUGACUGCAGAUAAUCAAGUGAACAUAUUUCCCAGCAGAUUGUAAAUGACUUCAAAUCAGCUCGGCCUUACCCGUCCACUGCACUAAAUUGCUUAAGUAAUUUCAUGAACUGAAUAUAAAUGCUAGGGCUAGUUUAGUUCAUUAGCAUAAUAUAUAACAGGAACACAGGGAAUAUUUUUAACAGAGUAAUUACCUUUAUUAAUGAUGCUCACAACCUAGCAAGGUUUACUUCUAGUGGAGUGUUUGUAUACUGCUGGGGCAUUUAUUAAACCAAAUACUUCUUUCAGCCCUGGUGUUUGUCAGUGAAUAUUUUGAUUGUUACUGUAGAAAACAUUUUUAAGAUAUUUUUCCUCUUUGCUGCAAAUUUGAAAUGCUUAGUUUAAAAAAAAAUCCUAGCAUUUCUUCCUCCUGGAAGAACUGCAAAGAUGUCCAUAAAGAGUUCACGAGACUUUCAGUGAAAGACAGACGUUGCUAUGGUUUAGUCUGCUCCAUUGAGUUACCAUUCGUUGAUAAAUCAGCUGAAAUCCAUUGGACUGGAUUGCCCAUUGGUUGGGCGCCGUUUUUUUUUGUUUUUUUUUUCUGCCUGUCAUAUUAUCUUCGUCUAUGAGUUAACUUCACAACAUGCCCACAACAUUUACACCCAUUGGUCAGUUCUUCAGAAGAGAAAUUGAAUCGAAUAACACACUGUAGUUGCUGUAGUCAUCAUAAUGGAGCCAUGGUUUAGUAUUUUUCAAAACCAUUUUUCCAGAAAGCUUUUCCUGGUGUUUGUUUAUGUUACAGCAGAGAGCUUUCUGUUUGGGGGGUUCAAUACUGCUGAAUAUUGAGGUUGUGACUAUCAGAGUUUAUCCAAAAGACAAUCCCAUACAGACUGUAAGCUGUUUAAGAAUUUAACGUGUAAAACUGUCAGUAUAGAGCUUUUAUGUAGCUACUGUUAACAUGAAGUGCUGUGCAAAUGUUUCAGGUAUUAAAACUAAACUGUUAAAAACUGAUGCCCUGAGUAGUUUUUUUUGCUUGCACUGUACUGUAGCUGGUGCAUACUGUGCUCAUUUCCAUUUGUUUGUAGUGACUCUUGUCAAAAUGAAUGCACUUAAUGUUUUAUGAUGGCUUUUAUUGCACUUUCAAGUAUGAUCAUUAGACCAUUAUAGGAGUCCAGUGAGAAGAAUCACUCGGCUCAAGCAGAAGUAAAGAAUGACCACACGGACGCGCCACGUGGUUGAAGAACUAAAGCAAAAACAUUUCAAAUUUAAACAGUAAAAAGAAUAUACAGAGGUCAGUGUUGCUCUCUGAUAUUUACCACAGGAUCGGUGUUUUAAUCUCUUUUAAUGUCAUAUUGACUUCAGCUGUUGCUUCCAUUGGUAUCUUCCUGUCAUUUUUGAUGUGCAGUUCUUUGCCCACUUACUGUGACUGUACCAUUAAAAACAGUGAUAUGUUCCUUGUUAACUCCAUUUAAUGUUGUUAAUGUUUUUGCUUUCAGUCAGUGUUGUCAUGUUAUAGUUUGUGUGUGAUUCUUACUCUGAAUCGGAAUAAGUACAGGGGACAACUGUGUGCACUAAGACCAACUCCUUACUCACUUUAUUUCCGCCUGCAUGCAUUGCCAGUGUGCAACACGUAAUUACACAAUCGAACAAUAAACACAUACAGCCCAUACAACAAAUGUUGCAUCUUCAAAAACAAAAAUAGAUAACUGAGCCUUACACCGGAGUAUCGUUGCGACUUGUUUACUGAACAUCAGUGUCCAUUUUAUUGUGUCCUACAGGACCCUCUCUUCUUCCUCUUUCUUACAACAUUAAUGUAACACAGAACCAAUACUGCCUCUCCUGGCAUUACCAUGGUAACGACACUCAUUCUAUCUGCUUCUUUCAGAUGAAUAACAGGAACUUGGGAUGAAUAAUAACUAUUAUGCAUACCCAUAUAUUUAUAAAAACAACUAAUUUCUUGCGAUGCCACAACCAGGGACAAUUAUGAAUAUACCACAUCUCCCCUUUUAAACAAAAACAGAAUAUUUCUUUUCUCCCUUUCCUUUGGAGCAAGCAGUGCGCCGUCCGGCAGUGUCGGCUCCAGCUGCGAUGGAAGUCUCGGCAGUGUGGUUCGCAGACGUGGUGCAGUGGUGUAGCUUUAUAGGCAAGAAGAGCUCGAUAUGGAUCAGCUGCUUUUUUUCAGUCUGUACAGCACCUUCUGCUUCUCCAUUACUUUGCGGAAACUUAGGACUGCUUGUGAUGUGCUUAAAGCCGUAAGCUGCUGUGAAGUCUGCAAAGGUUUGACCUGAAUACUGUCGCCUAUUACCAGACAUGAAGACCUCUGGGAUGCCAUGACGGGCGAAGAAAGAUUUCAGGUGAGUAAUGACAUCGUUUGAUUUUGUUUAACAAAGCAAUCUCAACAAAUCUAGAGUGCUAGUCAACAGCCAGAAGGUACGUUUUCCCCCACUCUGCCAUGGGCGGGCAGGGUAUCCUGUUGGCAUGAGUGGCUCACUGUGAUUGUGUCUUUCUUGAAUGCAUGUUCUGCAUCACCAUCUCAGAGUUUUGUUGACUCAGCCCGGGCCACCACACUGUUUGGCGUACACGAGCUUUACAUUUUACAACACCUUGAUUUCCAUCGUGUAGUUUUUCCAGCACUUCAUUUCUCAUUGCGGAAGGAAUUACAAGCCGUGUAUCUUGUGUGUGAAUAAAGAUCAGCAGGUGAAUUUAUUAAAGUGUGAGUUCAGGUGAAAUCAGAGAGGUGUGUGUUAAAGAGUGU